ACCGGAAGUUCUUCUGCCCCGAUCGUCGGAGCACCUCCUCGUCGACGGCACAGGCGCAGUGGAGGUCGGGCGGAGUUGUGGGAGGGGAGGAGGAAGAGCCGGAGGGGGGCGGGAGCCGGUCCCAGAAGAUGGCGGAGGCGGGGGAUUUCUGGUAGGUCCUCUUUUAGGACAAGAUGCUGUAACUGUAGGAUCACCGGCCUGCUUCGAUUCACAGACAUUUGGUUUUUCCACUGGGAAGGCUUUUUUUUUUUUUUUUUUGUCUUGCCGGUUUACUGAACUUAUGAAACCAUGGCAGAAGGAAAGACAGAGUCGCCUGGGCCCAAAAAACGCGGCCCCUAUAUUUCAUCUAUCACUAGCAGGAGCGUGAACUUGAUGAUUCGUGGAGUGGUGCUGUUUUUUAUUGGAGUGUUUCUUGCAUUAGUGUUAAAUUUACUUCAGAUUCAGAGAAAUGUGACACUCUUUCCGCCCGACGUGAUCGCGAGCAUCUUUUCUUCAGCGUGGUGGGUGCCGCCCUGCUGUGGCACAGCCUCAGCUGUGAUUGGGUUAUUAUACCCCUGCAUUGACAGGCAUCUAGGAGAACCACAUAAAUUUAAAAGAGAGUGGUCCAGUGUGAUGCGGUGCGUAGCCGUCUUUGUUGGUAUAAAUCAUGCCAGCGCUAAAGUGGAUUUUGAUAACAACAUACAGUUGUCUCUCACACUGGCUGCACUCUCCAUUGGACUGUGGUGGACAUUUGAUAGAUCUAGAAGUGGUUUUGGCCUUGGAGUAGGAAUCGCUUUCUUGGCAACCUUGGUCACUCAACUGCUAGUCUAUAAUGGUGUUUAUCAAUAUACAUCUCCAGAUUUUCUCUAUGUUCGCUCUUGGUUACCGUGUAUAUUUUUUGCUGGAGGCAUAACAAUGGGAAACAUUGGUCGACAACUGGCAAUGAAAUCAACUGACAUUUGGGGGCACUAACCCCCGCGGAAGCAUUUGAGUUUGAUUGAGUCCCCAGACACUGUCCCUUCCUUCGUUGAUGCCCCGUGGUCCCUUGGUUUUAAGGCAUCCAGGAUGAGCUAGAAUUUCUCGGAAGAGCGAACAUCCUGGUCCACUGAAGUGCCACUUCUGUCAUUUUCCAUUCAAGCCCAUUUUAGCUUGCCACCAGGUUGUAAAUUUGAAAAACAGACAUGCACAUAGGGGAGAACGGAGAUGCUUGAGAAUGAGAAUGGGUGGAUUAUUCCAUUGGCUUGGAUGAGGACCCAGCAAACAUCAUCUCUGCCUGUAAAACCCUGAAAUUUGGAGUGACUUCAAAGAGAAAGUGGUGGGGGAUUUGGUAUUAGAGCAUUAAAGGCCCAAAGAGGUGAAAUGAUUUGAUUGGGCCUGUUUAGUUUGUGUGUGUGUGUGUGUGUGUGUGUGUGUGCUUGCUCACACAGAAGUCCUGGGCUGGGGCUGGCUAUUCCUGGAGUGUUGAGGCUUCCCCCUGGUUUGAGCCAGCCUAAAUUCCAGGGGGCCUGUUUGAUUGUGGUCCCCAGCAAAAUGUCUCUUGUUGGAAUCCAUUUAGGACAAUAACCCCAAAGGCUUUGCAUUAGUGUAAAACACAGGGCUUCAGAAGAGGGCUUUUCAGAAAAACAAGUGGGCAAUAAGAGAGGAAAAACCUUUGGAGUAAUUCCUUUAACACACAGACUGCUUCUGCUGCAGGGCUGGUGUCAAGACUAAUCUUGCAGGAUUGAGAUAUUUUCAGCUGUAUCCAAUUUACGUUUCGGCUUUUCCUCACAGAGGGAUUGCUUCUGAAACAAUCUUUCUCACUACUCUCCCUACCCUUGUCUUCUAAAGCCUGUUUGUAGAUUUGGGGAUUGCUAACAGAUUUUAAGAACAAGAAAUCCCUGAAAUACCACGCAGCUAAAAGCCAAAAACAGGAACACUUAAGGAACUUGACUUUUUUUUCUUUUUUUAAAAAAAAUUUUUUUUAACGUUUAUUCAUUUUUGGGAUAGACAGAGACAGAGUGCAAGCUGGGGAGGGGCAGAGAGAGAGGGAGACACAGAAUUCGAGGCAGGCUCCAGGCUCCAAGCUGUCAGCACAGAGCCCACUGCGGGACUCGAACUCAUGAGCCAUGAGAUCAUGACUUGAGCUGAAGUCGGCCGCUUAACCGACUGAGCCACCCAGGCACCCCUUGACUUUUUUCUUUCUUUCCUUCUUCCCUCCUUUCCUUUCCUUUCUUGCUUUCUUUCUUUCCUUCUUUCCUUCCCCCUUCCUUAUUUCCUUUCUUUUUAAAAAUAUUUUGUCAAGGGGUGUCCUUCAGCUCUCAGUCAACUUUCUCUCUGGACUCAGCCAUAAAGGAUGAAAACCCCACAGAGACUUGUAGUUUUAAACUUGGAGCUUCCUGUAAGGUCAUAGACUGUUAAGGGUAUGACCUCUGUUUAUCUGGUUCUUUCUUGGCAUCUUGGACCUUAUCUAUGCCAAAUCCACAAAGGCCACCAGAUGAAUGUCUGGAUCAGAGUGUCCAAUAAGUUGUCUGGGAGCACACAGGGAUCCUGCUUGUCCAGCCAGCAGUCUGGAGUUUUGCUGUUGUUGGAGGUCAGGAACAGGUAGGAUAUCAGUAACCAGACAGGCAGCACACAUGUUGAGGGUCAGGCAUAUACAUGGACCAAAGCGAGCCGAAGCUCAGAAGUCCACGAAGCCACCUAAGUGAGAUUGACAUGAUAUCAAUCCAAACAUUGUGUUGUAACCUGAUUUAGAUACAGAAAGCCUGCUGAUUACGAGCAUGGCUGUCAGUCCUCCUAUACCUUUUGGCAAAUGGAUUAAUCUUUCUAUGUAUCACUUUCUUAAUCUGUAAGGCAGAAAUUAAUCACCUUUCUUACAGGGUUAUUGGAGAGAGACAAUAAAAUGACAUUAACUAAAUCUCUUGUCUGGCACACAGUAAAUACUUAACAUGUCGUAGUGAUUCCUGUCUCCCAUUUCUAAUGUGCCACUCUCAAAGGCAGAGCAGCCAUGAGUUUGAGAUGUCCUGAACCCACAGAGCAGGUGCAAAAGUGGCCAGACCAGCAGUGGAACAUGGUAAUAAAGAGAUGGUUCGUUUGGACCCAGCGCUGAGUGGGCUGAUGCUCGCAUAGUAAAAAAUCAAGUGGACUUGUACUAGCUGUUCUUUUUUUCACCUCCUCAACUGAUGACGAUCUUGAAGAAGGUUUAGCUGCCCUAGUUUUGUUGCUAUUGUUGUUAUUAUGGUGUAUUUUAUUUAAUUUUCAUGAAGUAUCACAUACUUCUAGAAAUGUGCAUAAUCAUAAGUAGACAACUCAAUUUUAACAACUUAAUUAAGCACACUCACAUAACCAGUAGGCAGAUUAAGAGCAGAACAGUUUCAGUACCCUGAAAGUCCCCUUCCUGCACCCUUCUAGCCACUGUUCCUACCCUAGAAAGAGCCACUAUUCUGAUUUCUAAUACCAGAGAUCAGUUUUAUCUGUUUUUGACUGUAUACAAAUAAAAUCACAUACUACAUGC